GCCUGACCUCGCCUAAUCCACCGACCCCUCUCGCCCUCCCAUAAAUUCUCUCCGCCCCACCGCGGGUCAAUCACUCCACCUUCCCCCGACCGCGUCUCCUCCCCGCCAUCGCUCGGGACCUCCGGCCGCGCCCCCUCCUUGUCGUCCGCGGCCCAGCUCCGCUCGGCUUCUGCCGCAGGCGAGGAGACCGCCCCCGUCGCCGAUCCGAUCGGGAGCCGGAGGUCAAGCGGCGGGCGACAUGGCAGCGGCCGGCGCCGACACCGAUCCCGCCGCGGCUGCCCCCGCCGUCUCCACCUGCGCGCACUGUCAGCGGGAGAUCCCAUCUUCGAACAUCGACUUGCAUUCUGUACAUUGCGCCCGUAACCUCCAAAAGUGCCAGCACUGUGGAGAAAUGGUUCCGAGGAAGCUUAUGGAUGAACAUUACGAUGAAAAUCAUGCCCCGAUGAAUUGCACCCUUUGCAAAGACACAAUAGAGCGUGAAAGUUGGGAUCUUCAUAAAAGUGAAAAGUGCCCACAGAGAAUGGUUGCCUGUGAAUAUUGCGAGUUUGAACUGCCUGCAGUUGAUAUGAAUGAACAUCAGGAUGUAUGUGGAAACCGAACAGAAUAUUGCCAAACAUGCAAAAAAUAUAUUAGACUGCGUGAAUGGAUAGGGCAUGAAAUACAGUGCCAUACAAACUCAAAUGGUUCUGCAGAAACAUCAAGUGCCAGAACAAUUCCAGAGAGGGAAGUACGACCUCCGGCACCAGUACGACCAGCACGUCCUGCUCAUGGUUCACAACACAAGCGGCUCCUCUUCACAAUAGCGGUCACUGGAAUAGCUGUCAUGGUUGGCUCAAUACUGUUCCAAAGGGAUGAGAGUUUCUAGCUCCCGUAGCCAUGUACAUCCUUUGUCGAGUUGAAUUUCGACAGGGAGAGUGUUGCCAUAAGAGGUCCGUUGAUGUAUAAUAACCCUUGUAAUCAACUGAUAAAUCGGAUUGGUUUGAGUAUAGUACCAUGGCAUGUAUUUAUCAGAAAAGCAAAAUAACCAGGAUAUUCCGUUGUCAGUUCUUAAACUCCUAUUUGUUUUCAAAUUAGACCUUUGCAUUUGUUCAUCUGUAAGUUGAUGAGUUGUACAAUCGGGGUAUCACAUCUGAAAUGGUAACAAGGUGCACCAGUUCAUA